AAUGAAUUCCAUCUAAAGAACUUUUAGGAUUUCAGACAGUCGAUAUCAGAUCUACCUCAUCUACAACACACAUACAGCCAGCCUCCCGUACUCAUCUGCGUAUGGACUAGAACCAUGACCGUCUAGCAACAGCGUCAAUUGAAUAUACUGGAAUUUCUGUCAUGAUGCUACUCCAAUAUAUUCUCGUACUCUGCACCCUCGCGUUCCUUGUUAUCGCCAAUGUCGAAAAGACGAUCUUCAUCGCUCCGCAACCCCUCACCAUCCCCACGGUCGAUCCUACCCUCGAUGACCUAGGUCUAGAUCGUCUCUCCUCCUCCAGUCCCGUUCUUCGAACCAGAAUAAACGCUACAUUUCCGACGCACGAGUCCCCGGGUACAGACUCAUGGUAUUUCCUCGAGAACUUGACCCCCGGCCAACGGUAUGAGGUGCGAGUGUGUUGGUUGGCAACUCUGUCAAAGCAACCGACCGCCUUUACCUUAACAACAUAUACCCUUCCACAAGCCAUUGAUGACCCCGCCCUCUUCUCCUCGAUCAGCCACUAUUCCCAAGCCCAUCUCGCCUCCCCUCAGUCUAACGCUGUUCCUCGUAAAUCUUCUUCUUUUCACGAUCAAGCACCUACGUCAGAUUCGGUGCUUUUCCUGCAUGUCACGGCGGCGGCGGACUACUUUUCUCUUAAUAAAACACUAAUGGAGAAUGUUCCCCCGGUUGCAGCGGAUAUCAUCCUCGAUCCCUUUUUAUGGAACAUCUUCCCGCAGUCGCUGAUACCGACGGCGUGUUAUAUAUGUGUUAUUGGAUGCUUGGCGGUGGUAAUCGGAUGGUGGGUGUUGGGAGAGCUGGGAAGAGUAAUUGAUUACAUGAACUCACAACAAUCGGCUGAUAAGAAAGAUAAAUAGUGAGCUAAAUAUAUGUAUGUAUGUAUCGAUUGCCUGUAAAUCCUAGGCGAACUAUAGCAAAUGCAUCAAUAUCAUCAGGUUCAGUUUAUGCAAAAUCUAGGUUCCAAGAUGGGUUACUUGCGUAGCGAGGGGUUAAAAUAAAACAUAACUUCACAAACAGAUAAUAAUCAUGAGAGAGCAUA